ACGGGCUCUCGGCUCCUCAGGAAAAGAAAGAGUGUCCCUCAGAUCAGGAAGUAGACAUCUGUGUAUGAUCCGCGUGCGUCUACUUGGCUCAUCCAAACCGAAAGCAGCACACACAGGCGCCCCGCUUUAGUCCGCGGUUUAGAGCACAGCUCUUGGGCUUAAGUAUGUGACAAACACAUGGAUGGAUGUCAUGCACUCUGUUCCUGAAGGGCCAUUUUAUGUAUCUUCAGUCAGAAAAGACGACUUCCGUAUGACACGGCAGCUUUCAGCCUGAAAUAUGUCGUCGUACUGGUACGUCAAAGAGACUGCGGAUCCAGCCGGCAGCACCAGCAGCAUGGAGGAGCAAGCUGACGUCUCGGCGAUGGGUGCCAAGCAGUCGACGGUCGGCAGUGUUCCCUCGAGUCAUUCAUCCACUCUGCAGAGCAUCCGAAAGGCCUAUACGGAUGGCGAGGACCAGAGGGCACGCGAGCUAAUCCGGCUUUCCUGCGAGAAUAACGGCGGAGAGGGGCUGGAUGGGGUGCAGCUGCUGUGUUUGGUGGUUCAGAACGGUGACUUGGACGGCGUUCGGUUCUUGCUGCAGGAAGCACGAGUUACAGUCCCACAGGAGCCCAGGGAAGAUAACCCCGCUGUCUUAGCAGCACAUCACGGACAUCAGCUGUUGGUCCGAGAGCUGCUGGACUCUAUACCACGUCCGUGUGUCCGUAAGGAUCUGCUGAACUGGAUGUUGGCUACGGCGUGUCAGCAGGGUCAUUUAGAGGUGGUGAAGCUGCUGAUUUACACGUACAAUGCUGACACCGAGGACUGCGCUGUUCAUUCAGGAGAGUUUGCCAUCAUCAGCGGCCUGCCGCUGUACGCCGCUGCACAGGCAGCAAACAAGGAGUUGGCGUGUUUUCUGCUGGACAAUGGAGCCGGUUUCUCCUCGUACACGCUGAUGGAUCACGCAGACUUCAGCAGGCAGCUGCUCAGACAGCGCCACCUGCAGGACAAAGACGCGCCUGCGGACGGGACGCUGCUGCAGGCCGUGCAUGUUGACUGGUCAGGACUGAAGCUGCCCUGGUUGGAUCUGGAUUGGUUCAUGGACGUGUCGUCUCGGAUCACGGUUCUGGAUCUGUCUCGUAACUGUCUGAGCUCGCUGCCGUCUGUGGUGCCCUGGGGUCUGAUUCAUCUGCACUCACUCAACCUGUGCCACAAUCAGCUGCGAGAGCUGCCCACCCCGAGAUCAUCACAGGAGAUCAUCUGCAGCCGAUUGGCCCAUGUGAAUGUGAGUGAGAAUGAGCUGGAGUGUCUUCCUGUCGGUCUGCUUCAUCUCGGCCAGCUGAAGAGGAUUUAUGCAGCCAGAAACAAACUCAUCAGCCUCUUCAACAUCCCCAACGGCACGAACUGGAUCGGCCUCCGUAAGCUGCAGGAGCUGGACGUGUCCCACAACAGCCUGACAGACCUGCCCUCCUCCAUCCUGCACUGCCUGAAGGCCCUCAGCUCGCUCAACAUCAGCAGAAACAAGCUCAGCCGCUUCCCCGACCCCUGGGCCUGUCCUCUGAAAAUCUGCAAAGCUUCAAACAACCAGAUCGAGUUUCUUCCUGACACCAUCUCCAUCUUCUGGAAGAUGCAUCUGAGGGAGGUGGACAUCUCCGAGAACGUCCUGAAGGAGCUGCCCUCAUACAUAUUUGAGCUAGAGGCCAUCGUCUCUCUGAAGUUGUGUGGGAACCAAAUCUCCACUCUGCCCUCUCCAAACAAAUGGAAAUGCUCUUGUCUGCGAACACUAGACCUGUCCAGAAACCAACUGGGGAAGACGGGAGAGCCGACCAGAACCAGGAAGCUGGCCUUCUUCACUACAUGGCACAGACGAGACCCAGAUCCAGUUUGUCCCAUUCAGUUUCCUGUGAUCCUGCGGGAUUCUCUGGAAGUUCUCUUCCUGAACGACAAUCAGCUGGAGUGUGUGCCGCCGUCAGUGUGUGCCCUCAAGAACCUCUCCGAACUCUAUCUGUCCAAUAAUCCAGGUAUCCAGGAACUUCCCAUUGAGCUCGGGCAGCUCUCCAACCUCUGGCAGCUGGACAUCGAAGACUUGAACAUCGCCAACAUCCCCGCAGACGUCAGGAAAGAUGGUCCGGCUGCGGUUCUGGCGUAUCUGCGAGCGGAGCUGCGUGGAGCAGAGCCCUGCAGACUGCUGAAGCUGAUGGUGGUGGGUCCUCCACGGCAGGGCAAGAGCGCUCUGCUGGAGGGGCUGCAGACGGGCAAACCCUCAUCCUUCAUCAGCACCGACCGCAGCAUCCACACGUCCAGCUGGGAUCUGGAGCGACCUGGAGGAGUGAAAUCUGCUGUUGAUUCAGUGUCCUUCAGCGUGUGGGACAUUGGCGGCCCGGCCAGCAUGUCGACGGUAAACCAGUGUUUCUUCACGGAUAAAGCUCUGUUCAUAGUGAUCUGGAAUCUGGCUUUGGGAGAGGAAGCCGUGGCCAACCUGCAGUCCUGGCUGCUCAACAUCGAGGCUCGCGCUCCUAACUCUGCUGUCAUCGUCGUCGGGACGCAUCUGGACCUCAUAGACACUAAGUUUCGUACGGAGCGCGUCGCCACGCUGAGGGCCUACAUCCUGGCACUCUGCAGAACCCCCUCGGGGGCGCGGGCCAGCGGAUACCCCGACAUCACACUCAAACACCUCCAUGAGGUGUCGUGUAAGACGCUGGAAGGCAUGGACGUGCUCAAGAGGCUGUUGUUUCAGGUCGCUUGCUCCAUGAGGGACAUCAGCAACCCUGCUAGCUGUCACAAAUUCGUGGGAAGACUGAUCCCCAAAAGUUACCUGACCCUGCAGGAGGCCAUAAAAACAGAACGUGUGAGGAGAGACGAAGCCGACGAGGUCCAGUACCUGACGGACUCUGAACUGGAGCACAUCAUUGAGCAGAGUCCGGCCAGUGAUAUCAAAGAUUACGAGGAUCUGCAGACGGCGAUCAGUUUCCUGAUCGAGACCGGCACCAUUCUGCACUUCUCCGACACCAGUCAUGGCUUGUGUAAGCUCUACUUCCUGGACGCCGUGUGGCUCUCCGAGUGUUUGGAGCGGAUCAUCAACCUGAGGGGCUCGCGCUCGGUCGCUCGUAACGGCCUCAUCAAGGCCGAGGACCUGCGCAUGCUGCUGGUGGGCACCGGCUUCACCCAGCAAACUGAAGAACAGUACUUCCAGUUCCUGGCCAAGUUCGAGAUCGCUCUACCAGUCGCCAGCAACAGUUAUCUGUUGCCGCACCUUUUGCCCCCCAAACCUGCCCUGGACAUCCACGGCUUUCGGCACCAGAGCAACAACUCCAUCCAGCGGCAUUUCAAGAUGAGCUUCGUUCCUGCGGGAUUCUGGGAGCGCUUUAUAGCCAGGAUGCUAAUCAGUUUGAACCAGAUGGACGUGCAGUGUUUGUUGAAUCCUCACCAAAAUUGGUUCAGGUCACACACAGACAAAGACAAAACCACACAAAUUCAGUUACUGGAUUUUAUUCUCCAGAAAAGCCUUAACAAUUUUGCUGGCGGAGACACCAAACAGGAAGCAUUCGAGACCAAGAGGGUCACGAAGAGCCCGAGGAACCACAGUACGGUGAUCUACAGCUUUGCGGGGAACCAGCAGCGCAAUCGCUGCAGCACUUUCCGCGUCCGCCGCAGUCAGACCAUCUACUGGAAAGAAGGGCUGCUAGUCACCUUCGACGGCGGAUAUCUGAGCGUGGAGUCGUCUGACCUGAACUGGAAGAAGAAGAAAAGUGGAGGCAUCAAGAUUAUCUGUCAGUCGGAGACGAGGGAUUUCUCAGCGAUGGCUUUCAUCACCGAUCACGUGAACGCUCUCAUAGAGCAGUGGUUUCCUGCGAUGACGGGGAGUGAGAGCGACGGCUCUCGUCUCAUUGAGCAGUAUGCUCCCUGUCCGUACUGCAGCUCUGGGCCCCGAGGGUCCGACCCAAUGCCUCUGUCCGGCUCCAGCCACAGCACCAUCCACUACUUCAACAUGGAGGACUGCGUCCUGGCAGCCGUGGACAAGGAGCACAUCACCUGCCCCAACCACCCCAAACCCGUCCCGCUACAGGAGCUGGUGCCCGAGCUCUUCAUGACCGACUUCCCUUCACGGUUGUUCCUGCUGAAGAGUGAUCUGCAGUGGACUGAAGAUGCAGCAGAUAUCCUGGGACAGGGGGGCAGCGGCACCAUCAUCUACAGAGCCAAAUACAGAGGCCAUCCAGUGGCCAUCAAACGCUUCCACAUCAAGAAAUGCAAACAGCAGUCGCUCAACAGCAGCACAGACACCAUGAUGAAGCACCUGCAGUCGCUGGACGCGGCCCACAGCUUCUCAGAGUUUCGUCAGGAGGCCAGCAUGCUCCACUCCCUGCAGCACCCGUGUAUCGUGGCUCUGGUGGGCAUCAGCAUCCACCCGCUCUGCUUCGCCCUGCAGCUGGCACCGCUGAGCAGCCUCAACACCGUCCUGGAGGAGCGAGCCAGAGGCUCUCAGUACGUGCCGCUGGGUCACAUGCUCACCUUCAAAGUGGCGUAUCAGAUCGUCACAGGCCUGGCGUAUCUGCACAAGAAGAACAUCAUCUUCUGCGACCUCAAGUCUGACAACAUCCUGGUGUGGUCUCUGGAGCUGGAGGACUCUGUGAACGUCAAGCUGUCCGACUACGGCAUCUCGCGCCAGUCCUUCCACGAGGGAGCGCUGGGGGUGGAGGGCACACCUGGGUACCAGGCUCCUGAGAUCCGGCCCGGGAUCGUCUAUGAUGAGAAGGUGGACAUGUUCUCGUACGGCAUGGUCCUGUAUGAGCUGCUGUCCGGCCGCAGACCAUGCAUGGGUCAGCACCAGCUGCAGAUCGCUAAGAAACUGUCUAAAGGAGUCAGACCGGCGCUGGGCAGCCCAGAGGAAGUGCAGUUUCACUGUCUGCAGACGCUGAUGCAGGAGUGCUGGGACACCAAACCAGAGAAGCGUCCCCUGGCCGCUCCUCUCAUGAGACAGAUGCAGGAUCCCAGUUUUGCUUGUCUCCGGUACCUGCUGCCCUGCGAGGAACACAGCCAGCUCUUCUUGUCCCCGCUGCAGGGACACAGCGCCGUCUUCUGGGAUGGAGACAAAGACAACAGGAAUUACACAGUGGUAAACUUGGCCAAGGGGCAGGUGGAGGUGAAUCGGAUGCCUUGCCCAGGAACACGUCUGAGCUGCCAAAUGAAGAUGGAGAACAGCCUGUGGACGGCCACUGAGGAACAGGAAGUCUUUAUCUACAGCCUGAAAGAGAUGUGUCCCUUGAGUCACCCGCAGAAACUGCUCUCCUGUCCGGCUGUGGUAACCUGUCUCUUUUUACUGCCUGCCAGGAAAGAGUCUCUCCCGCAGGUGUUUGCCGGCAUGUCUGACGGUCUCGUGGUGGUUUAUUCCCUGGUGGAUGACAUGCCUGUAGAAGGUGAGACUUACAUCUGCUCGCACACCAUUAACAAGCAUCUUCUGAACAUGGAGGACUCGGACCCUCGGCAGCGACCGUACCCCGUGUGCAGCAUCGUCCCGGUGUGCUCCGGAUCAGAGGUGUGGUACACCAACGGCCCUGGAGUGCUGGUCAUCGACAGCCUGGCGCUUCAGCCCAUCCGCCGCCUCGAGCCGUAUCUGCCUCCGUCCCGCCUGGUGUCCAUGGUCUCGUCUGCCAGCUGCUGGGGCGACGAGGCCGUCUGGUGUCUGGACGAUCACACCAGCACACUUCUGAUGUAUCACGCCGCCAGCUACCAGAUCUGCGCUACAUACAGCUGCAGCGACGCCAACCCGCUGCGGGACGUUUUCCCCGUCCAGAGGCCGGCUGGGGCGAUGACUCCUGUGACCCCUGAUCCUGAUAUAGAUGAAGAGUCUCUUCCGGCCGCCCUGGAGCCGGUGAAAGUGACGGUCACACACACCGAGGACGCAGGGAUGCAGAUCUUGUGCCAGCAGGACUCGCUGGAUUACUGCUCCAUGACGUCCUCGGGCUUCAGCUCGGAGCAGCUGGAUCAGAUCGGCCAUUUCCCUCACGUGGAGCGCUCCAGUUCGGGAGCCCUCAGCUCUCUGACCAGCUCCAGCAGCAUGCCUUUAUCCACAGACUUCGAGGAGACGGACAAACCACCGAACGAGCUGGUUUCACCUGAAUCGUGUCCAUCCGGGAGCGCAACAGAUCCAGAACCAGUGGCUCAAAGCCAGACACCAGAGCAGCUGAAGGCCUUGAGCAUCAUUUCUGUCAACAACACCAUCUGGGUGCCCAGGCGUGGAGGAGACAUCCUGGUGAUCGAGGUGCAGGAGCAGGCCGGUUCGCUCAGGGGUCGUGUGAUCGCCGUGCUGUCGGUGCCUGGAGUGUCUGAGUACGGGACUCUGGCGGAGGCGGCGCUCGUCGCAAAGGACACCGUUGUGUGCGGCUUCCGUAAAGAAAACAUGGCCUGGUGCCUGGCUGUCUGGAGGAGCUGGGGAGGACGCGAUCUCGAGCUCUUCUACCAGGGAUACGAGGAGCUCGGUCGCUUGGAGAGCAGUCUGAGGAAAAGGAGGUAGCUGUGUAAACGUAUGUGUGUGUGUGACGGAGAAUCGACGUUCUGUGCAGCGCACACAGAUACAGGUGUUGAACUGGAGGGAAUACACACACACACACACACACACACACGGACUGUUGCUUUAAGCAAUAUAAUCCUGCAGGACUUGGCCACAUACACAUUUCAUAUAUAUACAUAUA